AUAUCAAUGAGUGUCAGACCAUUGUGGAGGCCUGCCAGGGGGAGAUGAAGUGUUUUAACCACUAUGGCGGUUACUUGUGUCUCCCACGCUCUGCCUCUGUCAUCACCGCCCCUGAACCGUCCAGCCAAUCAGUGGCCAUCCUGCCAGUGGAGUCCAAUGAGGCCUUCAACCCCUGUCCUGUGGGCUACGAUGCCCAUGGGGAGGGCUGUGUAGGUGAGGCCCAGUGGGAGGGCUGUGUAGGUGAGGCCAGUGGGAGGGCUGUGUAGGUGAGGCCCAGGGGGAGGGCUGUGUAGGUGAGGCCCAGUGGGAGGGCUGUGUAGGUGAGGCCAGUGGGAGGGCUGUGUAGGUGAGGCCCAGUGGGAGGGCUGUGUAGGUGAGGCCAGUGGGAGGGCUGUGUAGGUGAGGCCAGUGGGAGGGCUGUGUAGGUGAGGCCAGUGGGAGGGCUGUGUAGGUGAGGCCCAGUGGGAGGGCUGUGUAGGUGAGGCCAGUGGGAGGGCUGUGUAGGUGAGGCCCAUUGGGAGGGCUGUGUAGGUGAGGCCAGUGGGAGGGCUGUGUAGGUGAGGCCCAGUGGGAGGGCUGUGUAGGUGAGGCCAGUGGGAGGGCUGUGUAGGUGAGGCCCAGUGGGAGGGCUGUGUAGGUGAGGCCCAGUGGGAGGGCUGUGUAGGUGAGGCCCAGUGGGAGGGCUGUGUAGGUGAGGCCCAGUGGGAGGGCUGUGUAGGUGAGGCCCAGUGGGAGGGCUGUGUAGGUGAGGCCAGUGGGAGGGCUGUGUAGGUGAGGCCCAGUGGGAGGGCUGUGUAGGUGAGGCCCAGUGGGAGGGCUGUGUAGGUGAGGCCAGUGGGAGGGCUGUGUAGGUGAGGCCCAGUGGGAGGGCUGUGUAGGUGAGGCCCAGUGGGAGGGCUGUGUAGGUGAGGCCAGUGGGAGGGCUGUGUAGGUGAGGCCCAGUGGGAGGGCUGUGUAGGUGAGGCCAGUGGGAGGGCUGUUUGGGUGAGUCACAAACCUGGACAGAGAAUGGGAAGGCUGGCCAUAAGUGUUGAGUGGGAGAAGGGUCGGGGUGAGUGUGUAUGUGUUGGUUUAUUUUAUGGAGCGCUGUGAGUGAGAACAGAGAUCAGGGUGGAAUGAUUUACUAUGAACACCUCGCCUUCCCUAUUUGUUCUACUGAAUCAAAGGUUACACUGUGUGUGUGUGUGUGUGCGUGUGUUUUCAGACGUGGACGAGUGUGUACUCAAUCUUCAUGACUGCCAGCCAAGCCAGCAGUGCGUUAACACUGUGGGCACCUACAGCUGCCAGUGUCCAGAUGGAUACAGCAAGAUUGGUAUUGAGUGUGUGGGUGAGACAGGCUACCUACCUCAUGUUUCUCUUUAUUUUUUCCUCUAAUGAGGCUUUUUACUUUGUGUUUAUUUUCCAUCUUCUCCUAUUCUCCUUUGCGCUACCUCAGAAUCUUACCUCCUCUCUUUCGUCCUCUCCUCUCAGACAUUGAUGAGUGCAGAUACAGGUACUGUCAGCAUCGCUGUGUAAAUGUACCUGGCUCUUUCUCCUGUGAAUGUGAGCCUGGGUUUCAGUUGGCUGGAAACAACCGUUCAUGUGUGGGUAAGUCCCUUUACAUGAGUAAAACUGGCAGCAACUCAACUUUAAACGCUAAACUAGAAUUCAUUACCUCACAAUAUAUUUGAUGAUGGUUACUGUAGGUUCUUCUUAUCCCCCUGCUGGUCUCUUCCUCACCCGACUACAACUUAACCCUAACCCUAACCCUACAACACCCAAUAUCCAACUCUAGAUGUGAACGAGUGUGAGUUGGCCGCCCCCUGUCAGCAGAGAUGUUACAACACGUAUGGUACCUUCCUUUGUCGCUGUGAACAGGGCUACGAGCUGGGACCAGACAGACACUCAUGCAAUGGUAAAGGGCCUGAUUUUCUCCUUGGCUAUUGUCUGUCUGUCAGUCUAUAUCGCUGUAAGGUUUCCAACAUGAAAACAAAGAAUGCUGAUGGUUAUUAAACUCCAGCCCUUCAGUUACAUCUGUGCCCUUCCCUGACUCUUCCCUGACUGUCUUUCUCUCUCUCUAUCUAUCUAUCUAUCUAUCUAUCUAUCUAUCUAUCUAUCUAUCUAUCUAUCUAUCUAUCUAUCUAUCUAUCUAUCUAUCUAUCUAUCUAUCUAUCUAUCUAUCUAUCUAUCUAUCUAUCUAUCUAUCUAUCUAUCUAUCUAUCUAUCUAUCUAUCUAUCUAUCUAUCUAUCUAUCUAUCUAUCUAUCUAUCUAUCUAAUCUAAUCUAAUCUAAUCUAAUCUAAUCUAAUCUAAUCUAUCUAUCGCUCCUGCUCUCUGUGCAGACGUAGACGAGUGCAGCUACUCCAGUUCCAUGUGCCAGUUCCAGUGUGUUAACGAUCCGGGGAGGUUCUCCUGUAUCUGUCCAGAGGGGUACCAGCUAGAGGGCACCAGACUCUGCCAAGGUAAACAUCGUUACAAUACGCUAUCAUUUUUAUUUUUUAUUUAACCUUUAUUUAUACAGGUUCUUCUCAUUGAGAUAAAAAUCUAUUUUUCAAGAGUGACCUGGUAUUUAUAACUGACAAAUGUGAGAAGUUAUGAUAUCUCUUUCUCUAUGUUCUUCUUUCUCUCCUCUGCCCUCCCUCUCUUCCCCUAUCCCCCUCUCCCCUCUCUCCCCCUCUCCCUCUCUCCCCCUCUCCAGAUGUGAAUGAGUGUGAAACAGACAUACACCAGUGUGGAGAGGGCCAGACCUGUAUUAACAUCCAUGGGGGUUAUCAGUGCACCGAUUCCAACCGCUGUCAAGAGCCCUAUGUGCAAGGGUCCGACAAGUGAGUAGCAUCCUCUUACACACAGAUACACAAGAAAUGACACACGGACAGCACUAGACAGGUUAUUUCACCCCCUCUUCCCUGUCUUUCUAGCCGCUGUGUUUGCCCGGUCAUCAAGCCUGAGUGUGGUGACCUCCCCUUCUCCAUCGUCCACCGCUACAUGAGCAUCACCUCAGAGCGCUCCGUCCCCUCAGACAUCUUCCAGAUCCAGGCCACCAGCGUCUACCCUGGAGUCUACAACACCUUCCGCAUCCGCUCUGGGGACGACAAUGGGGAAUUCUACAUACGGGUGAGUGGGUGGGAGAUACUGGCAUCUUUAAGAGUAUCAACUAUUUUCUCUCCACUCCAUGUGUUAACUGUAGACCAGUUUCAUUCACUACACUACACUCUUAUCCACAUAGGAGAACCCUUUGAAGAACCCUUUUGGUUCCAGGUAGAACCAUUUUGGGUUCCAUAUAAAACCCCUUUCCACAGAAGGUUCUACAUGGAACCCAAAGGGGUUCUACCUGGAACCAAAAAGGGUUCUCCUAUGGGGACAGCCGAAUAACUCUUUUGGAACCCUUUUUUCUAAGAGAAACACCAACUGCUGAAUAUCCAGGUGUGUGUGUUGUAAUGCUUGGAGUUAAAGGGUACAGUGUUGACUUAAGAGUCAGGGUGAGAACGUGUCCCAAUCUCAGCCAUACAUGGUCUUAUACAUACCAGACCACUGGGUUGGAUGCAUGUCAAGAACAAAGCAGAAUGUCUAGAAUGUCUAGAUGUCUGCAUAUUACACAAAAAUACUUACCAAGACCUAACAUGUAAAACUGCCUACUGCAGUAGUAGGGGAACAAAAAUGACUGGUUUUGAAGACAGAAUACUGAGUUAAAAUUAUGAUUCAGUCCUGCACAUUCAUGCAAUGCCACUACACCUCUCUCUAUCUUUUCACAGCAAAUUAACAACAUCAGUGCCAUGCUGGUCCUGGCCCGUGCUUUGACCGGUCCAAAAGAGUACACCCUGGAGCUGGAGAUGGUGUCUGUCAACCCCCUCAUGAGCUACCAGACCAGCUCUGCCUUACGACUGUCUGUCUUUGUAGGACCAUACGCCUUC